AUGGCAGGUGCAAUUGCAACAACCUCAGAAAUAAAGGAUAUAACACGAAUGGAGCGCAUAGGUGCCCAUUCUCACAUUAGAGGGCUAGGCCUCGAUGAAUCACUUGAGCCACGACAGGUAUCUCAAGGCAUGGUUGGUCAGGCCAAAGCCCGCAAAGCGGCAGGCAUAAUUCUUCAAAUGAUCAAAGAAGGAAAAAUUGCUGGUCGAGCUAUACUUAUGGCUGGUCCGCCAGGAACAGGCAAAACGGCCAUUGCUACGGGUAUGGCUCAAUCGCUGGGAAAAGAUAUACCGUUUACUAUGUUAGCCGCGUCAGAGAUAUUUUCAUUAGAAAUGUCGAAAACAGAAGCUCUGACACAAGCAUUUCGACGUUCUAUCGGAGUGCGGAUCAAAGAAGAAGCUGAAAUAAUAGAGGGGGAAGUAGUAGAAAUCCAAAUCGAUCGGUCGGUAACAGGAGGAACAAAACAAGGCAAAUUAACGCUCAAAACCACCGACAUGGAAACCAUUUAUGAUCUGGGUCACAAAAUGAUUGACGCGCUAAAUAAAGAAAAAGUCUUGGCUGGAGACGUGAUCACAAUAGAUAAAGCUUCUGGUAAAAUAUCGAAACUUGGUCGAUCUUUUACCCGUGCACGAGAUUACGAUGCAAUGGGAGCAGAUACCAAGUUUGUGCAAUGUCCGGAAGGAGAAUUGCAACGACGAAGAGAAGUUGUGCAUACUGUGUCGUUACAUGAAAUAGACGUGAUUAAUAGUAGAACUCAAGGAUUUUUAGCUCUAUUUUCUGGUGAUACGGGAGAAAUUAAACCAGAAGUCCGAGAUCAAAUAAACACCAAAGUAACUGAAUGGCGUGAGGAAGGAAAAGCAGAGAUAGUUCCUGGAGUUCUCUUUAUCGACGAAGUCCACAUGCUCGACAUUGAAUGCUUUUCGUUCUUAAAUCGUGCUCUGGAAGACGAGCGAGCCCCCGUUGUAAUCAUGGCCUCAAAUCGUGGCAUUACACGUAUUCGAGGCACAAAAUACGAAAGCCCGCACGGUAUUCCUCUCGAUCUCUUAGAUCGUCUAUUGAUCAUUAGUACGAUUCCUUACGGCCAAGAAGAUAUUCGACAAAUUCUAACAAUUCGAUGCGAAGAAGAAGAUGUGGAUAUGUCCAGGGAAGCUUGUGACGUUCUAACACGAAUAGGUGAAGAAACAUCACUUCGUUACGCCAUUCAUUUGAUCACUGCUGGUCAUCUCGUGGCGAAGAAAAGACGGGCGACCCAAGUUGACGUAAGCGACAUAAAACGCGUGUACCAACUAUUUCUGGACGAAAAACGAUCAGUGGAAUUUAUUCGACAGUAUCAGAAACAGUAUAUGUUUAACGAAAUAAAAAAGGAUGAUGAUGAAAAAAAGGAGAAAGACAUAAUAUUGGUUGAUGCUAUGGAAACUUGA